AGCUGGUGGUGAGCCUGGUCGUGUCCCGCCUCGCGAGCCUCAGUCUAGCUGGUGCCGCCGUGCAAGGAAGGCGCGCGGCCGGCUGCUCGAUACCACGUUGUCUUUUGUGCCGCGCGCUAAGAAAUAAACCUUAUAUUUGUGUCAUGGUCCCAGAAAUUAAGCCUUUGGUUAGGGACUUCAGCUGUCGACCAGAAAGGUUACAGUUUGCUUCAAAGCACCGCAGAAAACGGUGAACCUUUUUUUUUUUUUAUAUUACCAAAUUCUCAAGACAUACCGCAAGGAAUAGUUGCCCAAAACUGAAACUCGUCUGUGAUGCAAAAUUUAUUGCAAUCGUUUUGCCAACGCCUCUCGAGUAAAUAUCCGCAAGUGCAACUAGAGUGAGUGAAAAGAGUGAUCUGUGUGAGUGAAGGUACCGCUGCGUCUCCACGAUGAAGUACAGCAAGGACAGCCCGGGGAGCAACAUGGCCCUGGUGCCCCUGGAGUGCCAAAACCCCAACCUGAUGAUCGGGUGCGAAAAGAACGUAAUGGUGGUCCGGGCCCUUCAGAAGGAACGGCGUAAGAACAAAAGGCGCGAGAAGGAGAAUAUGUGGAGGAGAAACAACCACAGAAACGCCAAGAAUGACCCCGUCGUGGUCCACUUCCCCGCCAGAUCGAAUGCGUGCGUUGCGGGGCUUGCGGUCUUGCUCUUCUGUGAGGAAGUGGCUCUUGCGGUCUCAGCUGCAUUGAGGUGUUAACAGCGGGAAAUGUAAGAUAUCGUGUGUCAGGUGAUAAGAGC